GAAGAUGAUCCUGAAUCUGAUAUAGAAAAUAAAUUUGAUACACUAGUGAGUUCGGAACAACUUCAACAACCAUUACAAGCAGCACAAGGACGAAAAAACAAACAUAACCAUAGCAAAGUCAAAAAAAGUGCACAUAAUGAUUCACGAUUUAAAGGUCGUUGGUUAAUUGAGACACCUGUUACUAAUAAAGGUUUAUGUGAUUUGGUUAAGGCUGCAUGUUUCCUUUCUCUUAAAGAAUAUUGGGAG